GGCUAUAUACUUGCCGAGGCGAGCGAGCCCCGAGUCUUAGUAAUCCAGCGGUGUUCGCCGCAGUUACAUCGCGUUGUACAUACAUACACAUGUAUAUAGAUAUAUAAGAUUCUAUGAAGCUGCAACACUGACAUGCACGAUAGUCUACGUCGCGCCGUCUAAACGUUGACGUCGUAGUCGUCUCUCAUUUAAUAAUAAUAAAAAAAACAGUUGGCAUCGGUUGAUCAUGCUGUAUAAAGAGUGCGUGGGUGAACUUUGAACGUUUGUAACGAUCGGGCACAACAUCAGCAGCGAGAGCGUCGUUGAUCGUCGACCGAUUAGACACCACCACUUAUACAUGACGCUCUUUAAUUCGCUUCGUACUGCCCUAUUUUCAGAAAUCAAAAGUACCGCUCGUUAAAGAGACGGCAGCAGCCACUCGAGAGAUAUGCGAGAUCGGCAGAGCUGAUACGCAGGCCGGUUGGAUUUUCGGUCUAUUUCGUCUCGAAAUUGGGACCGACUCCUGAGCAAUAUAAAUAAUUGCGACGAAAAUGGAGCGACAGCAGCAGAUCGAUCUCAAGGAGCAGCAGCAGAGCUGCGUCGUGGCUCCUCCGGGUGCGAACGGCAACGGCGAGGCGACCUUUACCACGCUGGCCCACCUCACCAAGAUGACGCCGGUCAACAUCGACUUCAACGACGUCACGUACAGUGUGCCGACCGGCAGAAAAGGUUCGAAACUGAUACUGCGCGGUGUCAGUGGACGAUUUAGAUCCGGCCAGUUGACGGCGAUUCUCGGCCCAUCAGGAGCUGGUAAAUCGACUCUUCUCAACGUCCUUGCUGGAUACAAAUGCGAAGGUGCAGCAGGAAUCAUAAACAUCAAUGGCCAUCCACGAGAUCUCAAAGAUUUCAGACGUACCUCGUGUUACAUUAUGCAAGAGGACCUGGUUCAGCCGAAGCUCACAGUUCGGGAGGCAAUGUAUUUUGCCGCCGAUCUCAAACUCGGAAGUAAAGUGUCGAAGAGCGAUAGGAAAGCUGUGGUGGAUGAUAUCCUGGUGACAUUGAGACUGCACGCGGCCAGGAACACGGUGACCGAGAGGCUGAGCGGCGGCGAGCGCAAGCGGCUCUCCAUAGCCCUGGAGCUCGUCAACAAUCCGCCCGUCAUCUUUCUCGACGAACCAACGACGGGUCUCGACGAGCUGUCCUCGGUACAGUGCAUCGACCUGCUGCAGCGAGUCGCCCUGAGCGGCCGCACCGUCAUCUGCUCGAUCCACACGCCCAGCGCCAACAUACUUGCCAAAUUCCAUCACGUCUACUGCGUGGCAGCGGGCCAGUGCUCGUAUCGCGGCCCCGUCUCCGACAUCGUGCCCUUCAUGAGCCGCAUCGGCCUCGAGUGUCCCAAGCAUUACAAUCCGGCGGAUUUUCUGAUCGAAGUGUCAUCGGGCGAAUACGGUUACGAUUGGAUCGACCGGAUGGUGGUGAAGAUCGACAAGAGACGGCCGGUGGUGCUGCAGGCCAAGCUAGACACGCCCGCCUACAAAUUCGACAAAAAAGAGAGAUUCCAAAUCUCUUGGUGGGAGCAGUUCACGAUAUUAUUCCGUAGGAAAAUGCUGCAGAGCCUUCGGGACAAGAAUUACCUGUACCUGAAGAUCGUGCUGCACAUAUUUUUAGGCUUCAUAAUCGGCGGUCUCUUCCUGGACAUUGGCAACGACGGUUCCAAGACCCUCUUCAAUUUCGGCUUCUGCUUCACCUGCAUCAUCGUUUUCUUAUACAUACCGAUGCUGCCGGUCCUCUUGCACUUCCCGCAAGAGGUGCAGCUGAUAAAGCGCGAACACUUCAAUCGCUGGUACGACCUGGGACCCUACUUCUCGGCGCUCACCGUCUCCAACAUACCGGCUCAGCUGAUUCUGUGCGUCCUCUACCUGUCGAUGGUCUAUCCGAUUACUAGUCAACCGAUCGAAGCUCCCCGCUUCAUCAUGUUCAUCGCCACGUGCAUGGUGUGCGCCCUCAUAGCCGAGAGCAUGGCCAUGGCCAUUGGCAGCACGCUCAGCAUCGUGAACGGUAUGUUCGUGGGGCCGGCCUUGACGGUGCCGCUGAUGCUGUUCGCCGUGCAGGGGAUCGGCGACGAGGCGCCCCUACCGAUCUACCGCAAGAUCAUCAUGUACUGCAGCUACAUAAGGUACGGGUUGGAGGGCCUGAUCGUCGCCACCUACGGCAACAAUCGGGCCAAAUUGCCUUGCCCCGAGGAGGAGAUCUAUUGUCAUUACGCCGUGCCUCGUCAACUCUUGCGAGCCAUGGGCAUGGAGAAUCUCGUAUACUGGGUCGAUCUCGUGGCGCUGUUUGUUAUCCUAUUUUUACUGAGGGCAUUGACGUACUACCUGCUGAGACAACGCCUGAGACCGAACAAGACGUUCAGGGCGCUCCACGUCAUCGGCCGACUCGUCAAGAGCCACUUGAGCAUGGAUUAGACGACGAAUAAUUAGUGUAUAGUAGUGCUUUUACGAUUUAAGAGUGUGUCGAUUAAAUAUAGCGCAUCAUGACAGGCCAUAUGAUUCCGAAGGAUAAAGAAUAAAAAAAUCGAUAUCUCGAGAUAUCUUGUAUCGUAAAACCGCGCAAAGUGCCACAAUUACCAUUAUCCAUAUGCAGCAGCACUAGUGUGUGUGUCUGUGCAUCAUUCAUAAGUUAGAAAGAUUUUAUAAUGCUGUUAAAAAUAAAAGUGGAAAAAUAAUUUAUCUUAGCAUUAUUAUACGAUUAUUUAGUAGUUUUUAUUCUGUAAAACGAAAAGUGAUAUGUAAAUAACACUGUGGACAUUUAAGUUUAUGUAAUCUCGUCGAUUUAUUAUUGUUAUUAAAGUUACGAAUUGUUAGCGAGUAAAGUAUAUAUAUUUUAUACGGAAAAAGUAAAUAUGUUAUGAUAUUUUGUGGUUGAUAAUCAUAUUUUGUGAAUUAAAACGAAAUUAAAUGGACGAUUGUCCUUUCGAGGAUCUUCGUCGAAAACAAUA